AUGGAUUUAAUACGAACAAUAACUGACAAGGGCACACCAGCAAUAUCAUUCGAUUCAAAUUUUUAUCGUUUACAUUUUGUGAAUAAAAGUUUAACGGAACGUUGGAUAUGUACAAAAUUUAAAUGUUAUUGUACAAUCUUACUAGAUCAAGAUCAAACUAAAAUUUUAUCUAUUAAUGGUAGACAUAAUCAUUCACAACAGCAAACACGAAAAUCAUCAUCAAAAAUCGAUAAUUUAAAGAUAAAAAUUCAACAAUUAGAAAAACGAUGUCAAAUGUAUGAACAACAAUUAGAUGAUCGUGAUAAAAAAUUGACAGAAUUAACAGAAGAAAAUGAGCAAUUAAAACAAAAAUGGGAACAAAUGAUUACAAAUUUAAUUAAAGUAGAACAGUAA